UGACUAAAACCUCAGCUGAUCAUUGUUGUACACGUUAUAGGAAUUCAGUUUACACAACCAGUGUGCUCUGAAUCUCCUGAAACGAAUUCAUUCAUUCCACUUCAUCCAUCAAAAUUUGUUGUAAGUUAAAUGUUUGUGUAAUCAUCAUUGAGGACGUUGUGAAGGAGAAUCAGUUUAUUUAAUCUAGGCAUGAACUGGAGGUGCUAAAAUGUGGAUUUUUGGCUAUGGUUCUUUGAUAUGGAAAGUCGACUUUCCCUAUGAAGAAAAACUUGUUGGCUGCGUCAAAGGAUUCUCCAGGAGAUUCUAUCAACAUAGCACAGAUCAUCGUGGAGUGCCUGAAAAACCUGGGCGAGUUGUUACUCUAAUCAAAAGUGACAAUGAGCAAGAUGAAGUCUGGGGCAUAGCUUACAGAAUCGCUGAAGACGACAUUCCACAUGUAGUCAAUCACCUAGACUAUCGUGAAAAAGGCGGUUAUCAACGCUUCAACGUCUUUUUUCAUCCACAGAAUAAUCAUGUUAGUCCCUUUGACAUCACUAUUUACCUUGCCACAACUGAUAACUUUCAAUAUGCUGGCGAGGCCAGUUUAGACGCAAUUGCAGCUCAAAUUGUUGAUGCUGUUGGGCCUAGCGGUACAAAUGUUGAGUACGUUUGUAAUCUGGCUGAUGCCAUGCGACAAAUUGCGCCGGAGGUAUACGAUGAGCAUUUGUUCACGUUAGAGAGCAAAGUAUUGGAACUUAUUGAGAUAAAGGAACGGGAAAAGAUUACCAAACAAAUUAAGCAAAAUUUAAAUGAAGAAGAAUUAGAUGGAGAUCUUUUUGAUGAAGAUGGUGCAGAUCGGUAACGAUCGUAGCACUUGUAGGACAAUUGAAUAUUUAUUAUGCAUUUAGAUAAGAAUUUUAAAGGAAGUAUGGAUGUGGGUUUUAUUGUUUGAACUGGGAACUGGGUUUGAACAUUAUUGCAUCAAAUAAAUACAUUUAUGCAA